CGGCUGAUGCGAUUUCGAUCCUCGCUCGCUGGAUGUCGACACCGUCGACGUCCCCAGGACGUGUGUGUGCGUGCACGUCCAUGGGCGCGAGUGACGUUUCGUCAGUCGCACAAUUCGCUCUCUUAUCACAGGUGUGCCGUCAUUGUCGCGAGAUUAUCGAGAGAUCAUCGACACUCGCCGGAGAUAAUGAUCGGUCGCGUUCAGCCACGCCUCGUGACCUUCGACGUGACCGGCACCCUGCUGAUGACUAAACUCGAGAAGCAUUACGUCGAGAUUGGUGCCCAACACGGUCUGUUGGUCGAGCCGAGAGAAGUGGCGCGAAGUUUCAAGUCGAACUUCGCGCGGCUCAGCAAGGAGCAUCCGAUUUACGGCAAGUAUACGGGACUGGGAUGGAGAAACUGGUGGCGGACGGUCGUGCACAACGUGUUCCGUGAUCAGCACGCAUCCGCGUCCGAAGACACGUUGAACAAGGUCGCCGACAGUCUGAUAAGGUGUUACGGCACGAGCGAGUGCUGGCACAAGUACCCCGGCGCCGUCGAUCUCCUCGAUUUCCUGCAGAAAAGGGACGUGAUUCUGGGCGUCAUCUCGAAUUUCGAUCAACGACUGGAGUCGAUUCUGAAAGACACGCAGAUUCGCCGGUACUUCGCCUUCGUUCUGACCUCGUACGACUUCGGAGUGGAGAAGCCGAGCCUGCCGAUCUUCGAGGAGGCGUUGAGACUUGCGAGGGACCUGCGAGGAAAGGACGUGUUGCCACAGGAAGCGGUUCACAUCGGCGACAGAGUCGACAACGAUUACCUCGGCGCGAAGAGCGCCGGUUGGAACGCUCUGCUGAUCAGACACGGCGACGACGAGAUCGACAGAAGUCAAGUGCUCGGGGAGGACGUUUUCGAAAGUUUGAAGGAACUCCACAAACACUUCUUUGAAGUUCUCGGGACGGUGUGACGUUCGUGUUUGUUUGUUUGUUCGAAAGAUAUAUCGAAUUCGUCGAAUAGAUAAAAGCAAUCUCUCGGUACAACGUAUAGUUAACUUAUAUUUUUCUAUUGUACAUGUAUUUUUGAAGAGCGGAUUCUCGUGCAGUAAUGAGAGGAGUCAAAAAGUUUUUACUCGAUUUGUUUGAUUUGAGUGAUUCUGAUCUUUUUACAGACUCAUGUAACAUAGAUAGAUAUUUGUAAAUACACACAACCGUCUCUUGUUUGCUUAUUAUACACAUUGCGUACAAUGAUACGAAUAUGUAAGCUCGUGCGGAAUAAUGUGCGUGUGCACGUACGUGAAAUAAUUGCGUACGUCACAAAAGAGUGAUCAUAUGUGAUUCACACACAUGUCAAGUUUAUAGAAUAAAUAAAACAAAAACAAAAAAAAAAUACAGACAAUAUACAACAGAAUAUUAAAACAUGCGCGCGCGCGCGCGCGUUUAUGUGUGCGUGUGUAGUAGUGCGUUCCGUAUUGCGUGUGGUAUCACUCGCACCGCUUCCGGCGAAAGUUCCUUGACUCCGAGAAGCUCCGACAUUUACAAGCUGAUCCUCACGUUGUUUUCCAGGUUCACGGUUCUGUAAAGAGAAGACUGUGCACUCCGCGCACUAUCCGUGCGCGUUUUCUGACCGAGGACAGAGAUACGCUCUCUGGCGUCUAUACGUGACUCGUGAUCGACGGCGUGGGCGAGAUACGGGCCGGUGACGUGUGGCCUGCGCGCCGGAGCAGAGCGGCUGUGAAACGCUCGU